AUGAGUGUAAAGCUAAUACAAGAACAUACUACAGUAAAUGAACGUCAAGAGUCAUCUCAUGAAAGGCCAGUAGAAAAGUUUAAGGCUCCAAAGAACUCGUUGAAACCUCGUGCUGUCGAUGAAGACCCGAGAAUUUCCCAUGCUUUGUCCAUUAUGGACAACGUAAAUAAGCAGAUGGAAGCAAGAAAACGUGACGACAUUUUUGCUGCAGGCGUCGCAACGAAAUUAAGAAAAAUUAAAGAUGAGCGAAAGAAGAUUUUAGUGCAAAGGGACAUUGAUAAUUUGUUGUAUGACGCGAUUAUUGGUACUGGAAAAUAUGCUACGACUCGAAUUCCUUCACCUUAUUCAGAUUCGUCAAACUCACAAGUGAAUGACGGCCGAUCCGAGAUGCUGAACUGUUUUCUUGAGUCUUUUGAUCUGUCUCAGUUAGUGAAAGAGCCCACACGUAUAACUUCCAAUAGCCAGACAGCUAUAGACUUGCUCAUGGUUAGCUCUGCUGAUAUAAUAAGUGGUUAUGAAGUUGUUGACGUAGAUGGAAUAUCUGACCAUCUAGCCCUAAUAUUUUAUGUGGUGGAAGAAACCUAUUGUCUAGUAAUCUAA